AUGUUCAUCGAUGUCUUCCUACAGACCAGUCGGUUGGAUCAUAUCACCCAAGUGAUGGGAUUCCAUCCACAGUAUCUUGAACAUUUUUUUAGAACACAGAAUUUCAUGCUGCGUGGAGAUGGUCCUCUACCAUAUGACUAUAGACAUUACAUUGCUAUUAUGGCUGCAGCGAGACAUCGGUGCUUGUAUAUAGUGCGACUUCAAGAGACUGAAUAUCUGCUGCAAGGUGGAGAUCCAGAAUGGUUAAAAGGAAUUCAUCAUGUGCCGCAUAAACUGAGGCAUCUUAAUGAUCUCAACAAAAAGUUAGCUCAUCGGCCGUGGCUUGUGACGAAAGAUGACAUCCAGAAACUACUCCGAGGUGAAGACAAUUGGUCAGUAUCUGAAUUGGUGCAUGCUAUUACAUUAUUAACACACUUCCACAGUCUCUGUAGCUAUGUCUACGGAUGCGGAAUACAUCCAGAAAUCGAUAUGGAAGGGGGACAUACCAUGAAGCCGCCCUCAGUCACUGAAGUUACAAACACCAAAGAUCAUCACAUGUCUAACUGUCAAAACUCUGCCGAUGCUAACCAUGUCCAAUCGGAUCCUGAAACUGGUGAGGGAGUUGAGGAAUUGAUGCAACGGAUGAGGAGAUUAGAGGAGUCUGAAGCUGAGGAACCCACACAGGAAGAAAGGGUCAAGAGGUUUGAAAAAGUAGAAAAACAGAGUGUUGAAUUGUUGCCACAUCCGGAGGAACAUGUGGAUGUGGAUGUGGAUGUUUUGAAAGCUGGUCUGUCAAAAUACAUUGAAGAUCCAGACUUCUCUUAUGAAGAUUUUGCCAAGAGAGGGUCAAUGUCGAGUAUACCUACUUUCAGAGUACAGGAUUAUUCUUGGGAAGACCAUGGUUUCUCCUUAGUGAAUAGACUGUAUUCUGAUAUUGGUCCAAUCCUGGAUGAUAAGUUCCAUGCGGCAUAUGAGCUUACCUAUAAUACUAUGGGUAUGAAGAGGAAUGUGGAUACGUCAACUUUGAGAAGAGCAAUUUGGAACUAUAUUCAUUGUAUGUAUGGAAUUAGACAUGAUGAUUAUGACUAUGGUGAGGUUAAUCACCUACUGGAAAGGAACUUGAAAGCUUACAUUAAAACAGUCGCCUGUUUUCCAGAAAGGACCACCAAGAAAGAUUUUGAUGCUUUCUGGAGAGGCUUUGAAUACUCUGAAAAGGUGCAUGUAAAUUUGAUGGUAUUGGAGGCACGUAUGCAAGCAGAGCUUCUCUACGCACUAAGAGCGAUCAUGAGGUACAUGAUAUGAAAUCCUGAUGAUGAUCAUGCUCACCGUUACUAGGUUACUGCAUCAUGGCCUCCCCACCGGAGAUGAUGACAAGCGCUGUGCUUGACCAAUGCAGCAUAAUUGUAAACUUGUUGUACAGUUGCAGUUUCUUCAUUUCAUAUUGCAAUAAUUCUGGCCACAGAUGUGUGUGCUUCCAAAGAAACAAACUGAAGUCAGAAAUCCCCAAGACGUACCCUCAUGUAUUAUUCUAUGCUGCUUUCUUAUUAUAUUGCUGUGUUAUUAUUAUUUAUAUUUAUAAUAAUUGAAUUAAUAUUUUCCCCCUUAAAAGACAAAUAUAAAAAAUAAUAUGAGUAUGAAUAAAUCUAUAAGAUUACCCAACUUUUCCAAAAAUAAAAAAAAAAAGACCUUAAAACUACUACAUGAUGGUGCAUGCAUUACAUAAAUAGA